AUGGUGUUUCAGAAGAAGAGGAAGAUAGUUGGAGAUGAAUCUGACAGGCUUCACAAGAAGCGAUCUUCAGGUAUUAAUAUUUCUGAACCUGGUUCUGUACCUGUUUUACCUUCAAAAUUUGUAUCAACAGAAGUUCCCCCAGUUUCUCAACCAGAAAUUCAACCACAAAAAGCCCUAGCUAAAUCACCUCCAACCACCAAAGUUCUCACCCCUCCUCCUUCACCCAAGACUAAAGGCACUGCGCCUUUUCUUGUUUUUGACCACCCAGUUUCUGAACCAAUCCUUGAAGUCUUACCCCUCAACACCCUCUUUCCUCCUUACACCACUAUCUCAAUUUCUCAACCUCCUCCUCAUUCCAACCCCCCUAUUGUAGACAAUCCUGUGGUCUGCAAUACCGCAGCUUCUGAAUCUUUUGAUUCUGAUUCUUUCAACAACCUCUUGCGUGAUUGGCAUAGCUACGAAGAGUUUCGUAGCAGAUCUGCAGGUGUUCGUAGCAAAAGUUACUGGUGUCUCCACGAAGAAGACGAAGCCUAG